GAAGAGAAGAAAAAAAAGAGUAUUAUAUGUAUAUCUCAUUUCUUUAUAAUUGUACCUACAUAACAUACAUACAUGUAUAUAUAUAGGUGGAUAUAUAUUACAUAACUAAACGGAUAAAGGGGUCUCGUUAGAAAAUAGUCCCCCCAACUGCAUCGACACCUGGAUAAUUAAUAAUAAUUAUUAUAAUUAUAACAAGUUAUUGAAAGAAAAUAGAGGAGAGAGAGAGAGAGUACAAGAAAAGGACAACAUAUAUAUAAAUAUAUAUAUAUAUAUAUUAUUUAGACGGACACUUACAGAAGGUAUAUAUACACGCAUAUAUAUAUAUACACAUAUAAAAAGCAGAGGUACCGGAGUUUCAAAACUACAAUUAUGGGGGUACCGAAAUUUUACCGUUGGAUCAGCGAGCGGUACCCGUGUCUAAGUGAAGUUAUUAGAGAAUUUCAGAUUCCAGUAUUUGAUAACUUAUAUUUGGACAUGAAUGGCAUCAUCCAUCUUUGUUCCCAUCCGGAAGAUGAUAAUCCACAUUUCAGAAUUACAGAGGAGGACAUUUUUAUUCAUAUUUUUCAGUACAUAGAAUUUUUAUUCCAAAUGAUUAAACCAUGUAAAGUCUUCUUUAUGGCCAUUGAUGGAGUUGCUCCUCGAGCAAAGAUGAACCAACAAAGAGGGAGACGAUUCAGGUCUGCCCGUGAAGCUGAAAAUUUGAUAAACCAAGCCAAAGAGCGUGGUGAAGUGUUGCCAACAGAAAAACGAUUCGAUUCAAAUUGUAUUACACCAGGAACUGAAUUUAUGGUGAGGUUACAGAAACAGCUACAGUUCUUUGUUACACAGAAAGUCUCUUCAGACCCUCUUUGGAAAGGAGUCGACAUCUACCUCUCUGGACAUGAGACUCCUGGUGAAGGAGAGCACAAAAUUAUGGAUUACAUUCGGUCGUUACGCUCCAAGCCUGAUUAUGAUCCAAACACACGGCAUUGUGUGUACGGAUUAGAUGCAGAUUUGAUUUUACUAGGGCUCACUUCCCAUGAACCCCACUUUUCUCUGUUGCGGGAAGAAGUUCGAUUUGGUGGCAAAAGGGACAAAACAAAACGUCCCAUGACGCCGAAAGAGACCACAUUUCUUUUGCUACAUUUAUCUCUGAUGCGAGAAUAUCUUUACUUUGAAUUUGCAGAUUUAGAGCACAAAUUAUCUUUUCCCUUUGACCUCGAGCGGAUCAUCGAUGAUUGGAUUUUCAUGAGUUUUUUAGUGGGGAAUGAUUUCAUCCCUCAUCUGCCACACCUCCACAUUCACCAAGACGGUCUGCCUUUUCUGUGGCAGACCUACAUGCAAGUACUUCCUACAUGUGAUGGUUAUCUCACUGAUGCUGGCAGUUUAAAUUUGGAAAGAUUCGAAAAGUAUAUCACUGCAUUGUCAAAGGUAGACUUUGAAAAAUUCCAAGAGACUACUGCCAAUGCCAAGUGGCUGUCAGCUAAAUCUACAAGAGGUCGACCAACCCGGCCAAAAGAAAUUUUUAACGAACCUUCUUCAUCGCAUAAAAACAAGGCGAAAUAUCGAGAGCUUGAAGAAUUUCUGAUGAAUGACAGUGAAUACGAUGGCGAAUGCCUGGAGGAUAAUUAUGCCGAAUCCAAAGUUUCAGAAGCUGUGACCAACUGUGAUCAAUCAGAAGAGGAAAGUUUCUGGGAAUACAAGAAAGACUAUUACAAAUCCAAAUUGCAAUACGAAGAAGUCACAGAUGAAGUCCUCAAAGAGCAAGCUUACAUCUAUAUCUCGGCACUGCAGUGGAACCUCUAUUACUAUUUUGACGGUUGCCAAUCAUGGAGCUGGUAUUAUCCUCACCACUAUGCCCCAUUCAUGAGUGACCUAGUGAACAUCAAAGAUAUAAAGAUCAAACUGGACAUGGGCAGACCAUUUUUACCUUUCCAGCAACUGAUGGCUGUCCUUCCUUCGGCCAGUAAGGAGCUGCUACCUCCUCCAUUGCAGGAACUCAUGACCAAACAAAGCUCACCAAUCCAGAAAUACUACCCAGAGGACUUUGAAACGGACUUGAAUGGAAAGCUGCACGAAUGGGAAGCCGUUGUUCUCAUUCCGUUCAUUGAUGAAACAGAACUUUUGAAAGCCAUGGCAACUGCAGAAGACAGACUUUCCCCAUCAGAAAAGGCUCGUAACAGACACAGUCCCCAUCAAUUAUACCAGUACAGCUCGGAAUGUUUGGAGAAAUAUCCGUCCACGUUAUCAAAACUUCCUGAUGUUCAUUAUAAUCAUGCAUUGUGUACAUAUGUGCCACUCGAUGCCUUCCACACUCCAGUGAAUAUACUCAAGAAAAGCCUCCUCACAAACGACAAGCAGAACGUCUACUUCCCUGGGUUCCCCACGUUUAAGCACAUACGACACAGGGCAGAAUUAAAGAAAGAUGGCGUGAAAGUUUUCCAGUUUAACAGUAAACUCGAUAACAUGAUAGUCCAAAUAAUUGAGGAUUGGGAACAGGAUUUGAAAAGUAUUGCUACUGACAUCUUAGGAAAGACCCUUCUAGUUAACUGGCCACAUUUAUUUGAAGUUAAAGUCCUGGUAGUUGCGGACGCCCAGAUGAGCUAUUAUUUGUCCAACCACUUUGAUGGCACCAUCAGGUGUGAGAAAUUGGAUGAACUUCACCACAAACUUUGGCAACGGGAAGUCAACGCCAUUACGGAGAAAUAUCAUUCUACGCGAGGGAUUGAGAUUGGUCCAACCUCUGUGUUAAUCCGAGCAAGCCCAGUCACUGGACGGAAAUAUGUUGCUGGACCUGCUGGCAAAAUCACUCUCCAGAAGCAGUUCUCAGAAAAAACUAUGCCUUAUGCCUUACAAGCCACUGUCAGGGACAUCAUUUCUGAAGAACCAGAGUAUUCUGAUGAAAAGACCAUUGACGAGGUGUUUACAGUUGAUACUUCAGUUUUCAUGUUAAGUGGAACUUAUUAUGGCUUCCAUGGAAAAGUUUCAGAAGUCAACAAGGACCAAUGUACUGUGUCUGUUUCUAUCCCUGUCCCCUAUGAACCCAACUUGGAUAACAUCAUCCAUAACCAACAGUUGUACGAGAAGCGGUAUUAUUCAGCCAGCGACGCAGCCAUGCGUUUGGGCAUCAGUAACUAUUUCCUGUCCCACAUCACCGAAUCGGUGUUCGUUGUGCGCAACUCUCGCAACGGAUCAAACGAGCAGAAAGUCAACAUUGGCCUCGGUUUGAAAGUGCAUCGGAGAAGUGAAGCGCCAGGUUACACCAAAUUUAUGUUCGACACCUGGCAUUAUUCCGAGAAGACAUUGGACUGUGUUCACCAAUAUUUGCAGAGGUUUCCAGAACUCUUUGAAAUCAUUUCAACUCAGGGACAUUCAUAUCAUGAUGCUUUGCCGGAAAACAAAGUCUUCAGCAACCUCAGGUACACUCUUCAGAACGUGAUAGAUUUUAUAAAGACUUUACCAUGCCGUAAUAUUAAACUUCUGAAAAGUGGUUCUAUGGUGCUCAAUGAAGGGGUUGUCGAAGCCAUUGCAAAUGUAGUGAGAAAGUUGCCGGACAUCAACAAAAAUGUGAAGACUGUUUCACAAACAGUGAAACCAGACAAUUUAUUUAAGCCCAUCGCAUCAGUGAGCAAUGUUAUACCUGAUUCCAACGUGGAGUACAAGUUGUUUGACCGUAUUAUAAACAUCCGCAAAGGACUAGGGACUCUGCCAUUUGGCUUGAGGGGGACGGUGGUUGGUGUCCAUCCAGGGGACAAGCCAUUCUCAACCAUCUACGACAUCCUGUUUGAUGAAGAAUUCUCACAGGCUGUUGAAGUGGGCAAUGUCCCAAACUGUGGCUAUCAUCUGACCAUCCAUGAUAUGAUGAACUUGUCGCAUGGGAAACAUCAAAACCAACCUACAACGACCAGCCCAUUCCCAGCACGUACCUCCCAGUAUGCCAACCAGAACCAGUCCGCAAGGCCCACAUACUCUGGGAAUCAGACCCAACGGAAAGUCACGGUCAACAACCAGAAUAACUCCAGACAUACUCCACAAACAACCACAACACCAACAACAACAACAACACCAGCUGAUCAGCACCACCCCCAUCAGCAAGGUGACACAUUUCAUCCAAACUCAUUCUAUGACGGCGCCAGUCCUCAGUUUGUCACACCCAAGAUGUUUAGUCGAAAACAAGCCAACCCUAAACUGACUGACGACAAAGCUUCAGCUAAGAGAGACAAGUCUUCUGGAGUCAAUGAAUUCGCUGACAUCUGGAAAGAACUGAAACAGCUGAAGGUCAGUGACCCUCCAUCCUGCAUGCCACCUCAGGCAAGGAAGGCCAACCGAUCGUCCAGCGCAUCCAGCAAUAGUUGUUCUCUCAGCCAUGCGGCCCAGGCCCUGGACAAACUCUCUGAUUCCAUGACCGCAGCAAACGCCAAAGCUGAAUUUGGUGGUGGCAGAGAUGAAAAUGGUAACGGACGGUUAGCAGGUGGCAGCCGUAGUGGUGGUCGCAGUGGUGGUGGCCACAAGAACCGUCUGACCGUCAGCACUCUAUUUCAACAGGCAGUGGAAAGCGAACCCAAAGGGUUUCUUCCAACGAACUCUGCAGGUCCCGAUUCAGGUCCCGUGUCUGCAACUUCAGGGAAAGGAAAAGCUAAGGGAAAUAAAAUGGGAACCCCUUCUUCGAUGCCGGCUGGCAAUGCUGAGGAUGGGACAGCUGCUUUAAAACAGAUGCUGAACAUAGGGAACACAGAGUCAGCUCCCUACAAAUUUGACAGCCAAACAGGGGACAUGAAAACCCAAUCAAUCGCCUCCCCUAAAGUACAGAUUGCUGUGGCCCCUUCAUCCCAUGCUGUAGGCAACUUGAGCAGCAGUGGGGCCUCGAGUUUUACCCACCAAGUCACAGUUGAAGAACUGUUUGAAGCUUAUCGGAGGUUUUCCAAGAAGAGUGCUAAAGAGCAGAUAUUGCCGCAUCCCAACCAGCAGCAGCAGCAGUGUUAUCGCGGUGGUCAGCAACAGAUCCAGCCUUUACUGCCACAGACCCUUCCGUCGUCGGGUCAGUCCUUCAACAAACAACCGGCCUCUCUCAUGCACAUGCAUCCACAGAGGCCGGUGACCACGUUACCAAAUGCUUCCGCCGCUGCCUACAAACAACCACAGCAACGGCAAAAAGGUCCACCGCCAGGAUUUGUAAAGCACCAAAACCACAAGAACUAUUCUUCCAAACUUGGAGGCUGCAGGAACACGGCUCUUGAACUGCACAAUCUUUGUUGCCAAUAUGGACUCGGCCCACCGAAAUAUGACUUCAGUGGAGCAAAGAAUCAUAUCACAGCUUGUGUGACCUUAUCCAAUGGCAACAGGCUUCAGGGAACCCCUUGUGCAACCCGAGACGAAGCAGUUGAAAGCACGGCACGUAUUGCUCUUCUUCACUUGUCUGCUCAGAGUAUGAUGGUUCCAUAUCAGUUGAUGCCUCCGCAAGCUGCGCCCCCUGGAAUCAUGCCAGCCACACACCUCGGACAAAUGCCCCAACAGUUUUCAUCUCCCAACUCAGCAUUCAGCCCUGUGGUUCCGAGAGGGCCUGCCCCAGGCUGGGGCAUAGUCCCUCAACAUCUUCAGAAGCUACCCUGGUAUACAACUCAAGCUAACCUCAAUUCUGGAGGCUCUGCGGCACCAACAGUAUUAUACCCAGGAACUGCUGGUAACCAGUUUGCAACGAAGCAAGCGGCCAUCGUUAGUACUCCUCUAGUGUCUACGACAUUAACGCCCAGCCAAGUUCAUACUUCACUGUCCUGCAGUGUUGCCAAUGGAAGCACAAGCAAUUCUGAGAAAAGUAAAAGCGUGAGCCAAAGCAGUAAAGGAAGCCACGGCCGCAGUGCGGCCGGUGCCCCAGGGAGGCUUCCUAACGACCCGAGCCAGCAUCAGCUGUCAGCCCCGUCUAGCCAAACCGACCGCCCUCACGUAACGCCCGCAGUCGUCUCGAGUUCCACUUUGGGAACAUGUUCAACGUCAAGCCAAAAGGUGACAGCCACUACGAAAAAGCCCACGUCUGAUGGAUCCAAAUCUUCUAAACCUAAAGAAACAGAUAGCAACAGUGCAACCACAACGGCCCCUUGUAUCAAUAACAAUUUGAACUCUACCCCGACAAAAUCUAAUCAUAAAAAAAAACGAUCGAGACUUGCUGCCAACUUUUGUACUUCAUCCUCAACAAUGGCUAAAAACUGAAAUAAAUGAAUUUUUUUUUUAAAA